AUGCUAGUCAAGAAGUCCACAUUAUUAUCGGUAGAUGCAUUCUCCAGAGCCGAAGAAGAUGUUAGGAUUAGAACUAGAACCGGUGCCUUUGUUACCGUUGGUUGUUUUGUUGUUACUGCGAUAUUGAUUCUCAAUGAAUGGUUUCAAUUCCAUACUAUUGUCACUAGACCUACCCUUGUGAUGGAUCGUGAGAGAAAUGUUAAACUUGAAUUAAAUUUAGAUAUUACAUUUCCCCAUAUUUCCUGUGAUAUAUUAAAUUUCGAUAUUAUCGAUGACUCAGGGUAUUUACAAUAUGAUGAUGAUAUUCUGGCUGGCAACGGGUUUGUUAAGAUUAGAUUAGAUGGUUCGGGUAAAGAAUUAGAGACUAUGGAUUAUAGAUUAAAAGAUCAAACUGCCCAAUAUCCUAUUGAUGACGCAAAUUAUUGUGGUUCUUGUUACGAUGCAUUGGAUCAAAGUCAUAAUACCGAUGAAGGUAUCAAAUUGGAAGAUCGAGUAUGUUGUCAAACUUGUGAAGAUGUUAGACAAGCUUAUAUGAAGAAAGGUUGGACAAUUUUUGAUGGGAAAUCUAUUGAACAAUGUGAUAAGGAAGGUUUCCAUGAAAAGAUUAAUAAACAUAUAAAUGAAGGGUGUCGUGUGAAAGGAACAACAUUUUUGAAUAGAAUUGGUGGUAAUAUCCAUUUUGUUCCAGGUGAAGCAUUUCAAAAUGUUAAUGGACAUUAUCAUGAUACUCAAUUAUAUGAUAUUAAGACUCAAUUAAAUUUUAAUCAUAUUAUUAACCAUCUAAGUUUUGGGAAGCCAGUACAGAACAAACAAGAAAGUUUGAGAAGUUUGAAAUUGGAGACUAAUCCAUUGGAUGGUACACAAGUGUUAAGACGUCAUGAUACUCACUCAAGAGUAUUUACAUAUUUUGCAAAGAUUGUACCAACAAGAUAUGAAUAUAUGGAUGGUAUUGUUGUAGAAACAGCACAAUUCUCUACGAAAUUUCAAGAAAAACCAAUUAAUGGUGGUAAAGCUUUUGAUGAUCCAAAGAUUAAAUUCCAAAGAGGUGGUAUCCCAGGUUUAUUUAUCUAUUUGGAUAUGUCACCAUUAAAGGUCAUCAAUAGAGAACAACAUGCAAUCUCUUGGUCAGGUUUCCUUUUGAAUUGUGUUACAAGUAUUGGUGGUAUUCUUGCCGUUGGUACUAUCCUUGAUAAAAUAUUGUAUAAGACACAAAGGACAUUCUUCAACGGGAAGAAAGAAUGA